ACUGGUUUGAAGCGGUUUAUAGGGUUCUGGUGCUGUAGUUGUACUGAGCCUAACAUGAAUGCCAACAAGGAUGAAGCUCAGAGGUGUAUCCAUAUUGCUAGGAAACGUUUAGCCACGGGAGAUCGUGACGCUGCAAGACGGUUUCUACUGAAAGCCAUGAGAUUGGAUCCGUCAAUCAGUAUAGAAGGACUGGAUUUUUUAGUAAGAUCUAGAUCUCGUUCGUCUAGGACUAGAGAAAGUUCUCAAGAAAAUGAAAGAUCUGAUUCUAAACCUGAAAAUACCGAAAAUGAACAUCCAGAAAAGAAAUUUUCUAAGACUCAAGUAGACUCAUUGAGGAAAGUACUUGCUUGCAAAGAUUACUACGAAAUCCUUGGAGUGUCACGAACUGCUUCAGAUGAAGAAAUUAAAAAGGCCUUUAAACUUCAUGCCCUUAAGUACCAUCCCGACAAAAACAGGGCUCCAGGGUCAGCAGAAGCGUUUAAAAAAAUCAAAAAGGCAUGCGAAGUAUUGACAGACCCUGAGAAACGCCGGCGUUAUGAUCAGUUUGGUGUUGAAGAAGAGCAAGUGAGAUCCCCUCAAGUUCAUCGGCAUGGAGAUACGUUCUUCCAAUAUGAUGCUGACGUCUUCACCAUGUUUUUCAACGGAGGAUUUCCGUUUUCGCAAGUCUAUCGUGAUCAUCGCCACCGACCUCACAGGUCACGGGAGUCAGAGCGUGAGAGUAACUACUUCGUAUACAUCCAGUUGAUUCCAUUGAUAAUCUUGUUUGGCCUAUCUUUCUUCAGUUAUCUUUUUGUGAAGGAUCCGUACUUCAGCUUAACCAAAUCAGACAAAUAUUACAUGGAACGUCAUACUGGAAUACAUAAAGUACCUUAUUUCGUCAAGAAAACUUUCGAACAAGAUUUUUCGGGCAAUAUUGUUCAUCUAGAAAAUCAAGUAGAAGAAGAAUAUAUCAGCAACCUUCGAUUUCGGUGUUUCCGAGAAAAAGAUUAUAAUUCGCGUUUACAGACUUAUCAUAUCCCACUGAUCUCUCGUAUGAUAUUGGGGAUUCUUAAUAUGCUCUCUUUCGCAAAUCUUGGACAUGUUAAUGCCUGUGUCGAAAUCUCAACGUUGACUAAAUACAAAUCUUCACAAUAUCUUUAUUAGUGCAAUCACUGAAACAACAAUAAUCAAAAACUGAAACCAGGAAAUAUCCUUGGCUCCAAGCGCUGACCUUUUUGUAAGCCAUUAUCUGUUGCUCGUUACAUAUUACAGUUACCCAUUUCCAUGAUAAUAUCUAAGUGUUUCAGGUAAUUUUAAACUUCUGUGCUCAAACUUACCUCAGUCGUUCUAAAUCAUGUGGUGCUUAUUGUUGUUUUAUCUUUUGCAGAGGAAAAUCUCUUAUUCCGUGCUAGAUAUUAUGGUGACGAUGCUAGUUACGGGAGAGCUAUGCAGCUGCAAAUGCCUAAUUGCGAUCGUCUAUCAGAAAUAUUGGCUACAUAAUAUAUAAUUAUGUGUUAUGCUUCUUGAAGUUAUUUUGGCUCUCUUACAUCAUAGUGCGUAAUCAUUAUUUAAAUUCCCAGCAGAUUAGUCUUUGGUUCACUCAACAAACAUCAAUGCAAUAGCCAAAAGUCUUUGUUUUUUAGUGACUGAAUAAUUAAAUAUUAUCCCUUAAUUUCUUCUUUUAAUUAUUUAGAAGUCAUUUAACACUACGCUUCAUCAAGCUACUUUAAGUAAUUUCUUGGAAUCUGUACAUAUAUUAAAUGGACGAAAUUAUUCACAUGUGUAUAGUUUUUUAAGCUACUUAGGUAGUCACCAACUUACAACUUAUCUUCCCAUGCGCUGUUCAUGGAAAAAUGUUACUUGAUAUUCUGUGUUAAAAUUCACAUGUGAUAAAUAAUAACUCUGUUGAAUUUCUCAGUGAAUCAUAAGUCUGUAACUUUGUUUAGAUUUCAAAAACCUUUUUCUAAUACUAAAUAUAUGUUUGAACAGUGUUUA